AUGAGAUACGGCGGCAUUGACUUGCGCGGUUUCGGGAAGUGCACGACCAGCGGUGCUCCUGGCGACGAGCCAGGCGCUUCUCAUCACCAACUUCGGAGCUGCUCAUCGGGUACGAAUGCUGCUGGACUCGGGGGUAUUCCUCUAGCGGAUCCAGAUUUCUCAGUUCCGGAUGCGGUGGAUCUCAUACUGGGCGCAGAUGCAUACGGGAAAGUGGUACGGUCUCAAAUUCGACGCGGGUCUCCUGAGGAACCCAUCGCACAAAAUACGAUAUUCAGGUGGGCAAUAUUCGGGCCCUGCAACGAAGCUCACAAUUCCUCGGGUUGGGUACAGCAUGCCGCUGUCGAUCACGGGUUUCAGGCUCUCCAGGACCUCCUCGCGCAAUUCUGGGUGCAAGAGGAGGUGCCAGUGCAGUUCGGAUCGGAUCUCACACCGGAAGAGCAAGAAUGUGAGGCUCACUUCGUUGCUACACAUUCUCGGGACAAUUCGGGUCGCUAUAUCGUUUGGUUGCCUCUUCGGUCGUCCACAAUCCAGCUCGGUCAGUCGUUUCAUACGGCGCACGCUUGCCUCAAUCGGCUCGUACGAAAGCUCGACCGGGACUCUCACUACAAGGGACUUUACGAUACAUUUCUCGGGGAGUACGAGUCCCUCGGGCACAUGUCGCGGGUGCGGGACGACGAAGUCGGUCGGGAUCGGGUCUAUUAUCUCCCUCAUCACGGGGUCUUGACGACAAAACUUCGGGUAGUGUUCAACGGGUCGUGUAACACGGAUUCCGGGACCUCAUUAAACGAUCUCAUGCACACGGGCGCCAAAUUACAACAGGACAUUUCGAAUGUUCUCCUCUGGGCACGGCGCCACCGAUUCAUUUUCGCGACUGACAUAGUCAAAAUGUUUCGACAAAUUCGGGUUCACCCCGGGACGAUUGGGAUUUACAACGAAUUCUUUGGGUGGAUGAAAACGGGAACACGGCUCAUUAUCACCUGA